AUGGUGCCAGUAGGGCCCUAUUAGUGGCGUCUGUAGUCCGCACAAACUCACAGUGGACUGUUGUCAGUCUAACAGAGUCCACCACACCCACAGCCUGAGCAUCAGGGUCAACAUUCACAGGGUGGCAUUCUGCUUUCUAACACAGCCAAAGACAGGUUGUACUGCAGAGACUGGGAUCUUUUUUUUACCUGAUGUCAAUUUUGCAGCUUUAUUUCUGAGUUUGUAUUGUGAUAUCUUGUUUUGUCAGAAGCCUGGUAAUUCAAUUAUUUCCAUAUCAAGUCAAUGGAAUGGAAUAUUAAGGUUAUUACUUGCCCUUGAAAGGAGGAUUAAUUUUCUUUUCUUUCUUCUGUGAAAUCACCUUGACCUCAGUUUGAAGACUCUUGUCACUAAGCUCUUGAUACAGCUCGUGGAUCUUCAAGGAUGCAUUUUGUGAUGGCUGCGAGUCCUUUUGUGAUCAUGACUCUAUUUUUGUCGCUGGUCGAAACCAAGUUCUACAGACCAUUCCAGUUUAACCAGUACAAAGCUGGGCCCAGUCAAUACCAUGAUCAAGGGAAACCCACCAGCAGACACAAAAACCACUGUGCCUACGUCACUGAAAAGACAGUUUCCUUCACCGUGCAGGAUGGGGCAGCCCCUUAUGUAAAAGCUGAGUACAACAAGUGUUCCUGGGGUCAAAAAUGUCCAACUCUGAUGUAUCGUCUGAUGUACAAACCCAUGUACAAGGUGGCACAUAAAACUGUCACAGAGCUGGAGUGGCGCUGUUGUCCAGGGUACUCUGGUUACGGCUGCAUGGAGGGACCUCCAGUUUACCAACACCCAAUGAAAAUGAUGCCGCCAUUCAAGGGCCCACCAAUGAAAGGCCCACAGUUUAAGGGGCCACAGUUCAACAAAGGUCCCAUGUUCAAGGGUCCCAUGUUUAAGGGCCCACCUAUAAACACUGCUGUGAAAGCCAACCCAUGGAGUCAACCCAAAGGGCCGCCCACCGGCAGUUAUAACUCUUACCCAAUGCGUCACUUUGGGCCUCCAUCGUCCUCCUCCUACCCUGACACCUCCUUCGAGCCCUAUCCGCCUCAGCCAGAGCCAAUGCCAGACCACCAGGAGCCACAUCACACAGAGCAUGACCAAGUACAUGAGCAUGAACACGAGCAUAGCCAAGCACCUGAGGAACAUGUACUAGAGGAGAUCCCUCCUCCUUCCACUGGUGGUGAACAGCCUGAGGGAGAAACCACAGAUCAGGCUCUUGACAGUGAGACAGAGGAGCGUAUAUAUCGAAUGGAAGAGGAUGUGCGCCGUCUAAACCAGGGUCUGGAGACCCUGAGGGGAACUGUGAAUGGACUGGAGGAAAGUCUACGAGCCUCUCUGAGAGAGGAUGCCAACAGGAUGCUGUCAGCACUGCUCUCUGCUGCCCCUGGUCCUGUUCCUGCUCCAGCUGUAGCCUCUAGUACAUCCACUGUAGGGUUUGCAGAGAUUCCUGGAGGAAACCCUGAGACAGAGGGUCUAGAUGGCAGACACGUGUUUCCAGGCCUUACAGAACUGAAUGGUAGGGUAGAGGAUCUCAGGGCAGAGCUGCAAGCCAAGACAGUAGAGCUGCAGGAACUCAAAUCAACAGUGAUGGGCCAUGACGGUGAAUUGAAGAAGAUGUCAGGUGUGGUAUUAGACUCCACUGGCAAUACUGGGGGAAAUGCUGAGAGAGCUAUGGAGAAGCUGAUGGAUGCCAAGCUGAAUGCAGCAAGGACAGAAAUUCUUGAUGGGUUUGAGAAGCGUGUGGAGAGUGCAGAGGGCCGGUGUGAGGAGAAAGCUGGGGAUGUGCGCCGUCAGUGCCAGAAGGAGCAAGGUGAGAGGCAAGAGCAGAUGGAAGAUGUUCUGCAUGAGAGUACCACAGACUUGACAACAGAACUGAGAAACCUCCGGGCACAGAUCCAUGGUAUACAGGCUGCAGAGGGCUGCUGUGGCAGAAUGAGUGGACUGGUUGAAAGAGUGCAGCUGCUGGAAACAUCAGUGGCAGGACUCAACCAGUCCCAGGGGCACCUGAGGGUGGAACUGGGUGGACACAAGGACCACAUAGAAGGAAUGCUGGAGGGGCGUCUGGGGUAUGUUGAGUCCAAGCUCAACCUGACUGGGCAGAUUAAAAGUGAUGUGUCUGGAAGGAGAGGGGGUGUCCCAGACAGAGCUGAGACAGGACAGGGCCUGGAGGCCAGGAUGGAAGGUAAGCUGAGGGCUCUGGAGGGCCGUUUACUGAUGGCUUUGGAAGAGCUGGGUAAUGCCACUGCCCCCGCUCUGCUAGAGGGUCAUGCUGUUCCCACUCUGGAGACAGAACUGGAGUCCAUCCGAGAAAGACUAGAGGUGGACGUGGACAGAGUGCAGAGACAGCUGAGCAACCUUGAGAUUCUCUGCUCCUCUUCUUGUUCCUCAACUCCAAACCCAUCUGCCAUUCAGGGAGACUCUGCUGCACCAAGCGCUAACCUCGCAGAGGAGCAGAAUGUGAAGGAGGUAUUGGACGUGCAAGAUGACCGUUUAAAUACCCUGAACGUCACACUGCAGAGUAUCCUGAAGCGUCUGCCCCUAAGGGAACAACAGGAACAAGGAGAAGGAGAUACUCCCAUCCAUGGAGAGCUCACAAUCCUCAAGUUUAAUGUCCGCUCAGUCAACCGCACCCUGAGAGGCCUCCAGGAUUCUCUGGGAACAGUCAUCCACCAGGUGGGUCAAGCCAACAGCUCCUGGCAUGAAAGAGAGUCUCGUCUAGCCCAGCAGAUAAAGGGUGUGGUUCAGCUGGUUGGACACCAGGCUUCCAUGCUUGGGGCAGGUGAACGCAGACUGACCCGACUUAAGGGUGAGCUGCUGGAGAUGAGGAGGCGGCUAGCAGAGGAGGUGCAGGGCUGCCGGAGCACUGCUAUGGGGGUCCAGAAAGAGGUCACUGAGGUUGGAGGGCGUGUUGCCAGCGUGGAGGACCAGUGUAAGGGCCUGAAUUACUUGGCAGAUGACCUUGAGAGAAUCAGGGAGGAGCUUGAGAGACAAUCGAACGGGCUUCUCCUGCAAGUAAAUGGGACUCUCUCCAGCCAUGCUCAGCAGCUGUCUGAGCUGAGAGGCGAAGUCAGAAACUGCACCUCCAAGGUAGAGCCAACACAACAAAGUUUAGAGCUGGAGGCAGAGCCAAGACGAGGGGACACCUUCGCUUUGAAUUAGUUCGGUUUAUGUGGACAAUAGAUUUUAAAAAUGGAUGAAAAAGGGUAAAUACUCUGCAGGUGUAGUGGGGGUCCACUAAAACCCCAUCUUAUUUGAAUUGUAAAAUACAAAGGUUUUGAACCUGCACUGAAAUGAGGAUGAUUUUAGUUAGCUUACAGUAUGAAAUGAAAACAAACAUGGCAGCUAAUUCUGACUGCACUCACAAAGGUGCUAAGAUGAACUGUUUGUUUCAAUGGACCAUUAUUUAGAGCCUAAGUGAUUGUGGAAAUCUGUUUCCGUAAAGCUUACAAAAAUAUUCUUGUAUGAACCAUUGUUUAAUGAUGUUUACAUGUUUAAGUUUUUGUAUUGAUUUUUCUUACGUCUAGACUAAAAGUAUAGGAGAUAUUAUGUUUUUAUAUGGUUUCACUUAAGCAUUAGCUUCUGUUCUAUUUGUAAUUCUGCAUAAAAUGUUCACAUUUCAAGCUAUGAACAGUUUAAUUUCAAGGUUUUUCAGUAUUUACAAUUCAAUAAACACGUUUCUUUACCGCUAAUGUUUUCCUGGUUAGCAAUCAUGUCACACAAGAGAUGCAAGAUACAUAUAAAACAUUAUAUAUAUAUUAAGGACAACAACCCUGAAUUUCAGAAACUAGUCAUGUAACUCUUUGGAGGUGAAAAGUGUUGAUGCAGAAAAGUGGGGAAGCCACAAGAGGGCAAUAGAGAAGCAUUAAUAAUGCUGAGUGCUGGGGACUGGGGAGGUUUGACUUGACUGAAGCUGUGCAGAGUAAAAUGUUCCUCCCAAAAAUUGAGUUCAUGGGGACAGCCCUCACUCGCCAAAAGAAAAUUACAAAUUGGCAUUAUUGCCAAGGUCAGACAGAGAGACAUCCAAGGAGGACUUCAGUACAGCAGCCUACAUCUCAUUCUCUCGCUCUCUCUGUCUCUCUAGGCUACAAAUCUACCAGCCCAGCUUUCGGAGCACUGCUCUUAUUGGACGUUACAAUAAGGCGAUAGGUGACCUUGCUAAUAACCCUCCCCUGUUAGCCCCUCUUCCCCUAUCGAACAAACAACCAUUAAAACGACACCUAUGUGGGAGAUGAGCCCACUGC